AUGUUCGCUCCAGACAUCGUCCCGAUAAACACGCCUAUCGGUGGACUGAGAGAGUAUGCGGCGUCAGACCCAGGGGGGUGGACGACAGAGGUACGAGUGGGGGAAUCUCCUCGUGAGGUUCCCCCCUCGUGGCCAAUGCCACCUCACAUGGUGGAUGUUUUUGCCUCCGGCAAGUACUCGGAUGCAAAGAUCCAGCUCUCUUCAGCAAACGAGAGCGACCCGUUCCCAACAACAAUAUUAGAUGUUCAUCGGGUCGUCGUCUCGCAGAGCCCUGUCGUCGGUGCGAUCCUCGAACGUGAGUCAAUGCCACAGACAACAGUUCACAUAAUCGCGGGAGAAAGCUUCUCUGCUCCUCGGGGUUUUGAACUUGCGUUACAACAUCUGUACGGGUUGGAGCUUCUGGGGCUGGGGAAUGUGUACAACUUUGCUCAUCAAAUUCUUGGAGUGGAGGUAGUCGAUGGAUACACACCUGACAAAUUGAAGAAAACAGCCAUGGAUUUGGCUUUGGCUUAUGGGGCUACGGGUGCUUUUCUUAACCAGCCAGACGUUGUUGACGCAGCUUUCAAACUUGUUGUGGGCCUUUUUGACUGGAGCAAUCUUGAGACCGCUCUUCAGUUUGGACUUUUUCCUGAAGAGUUUUUGCUGGCCUGGAUCCCUCUCAAAAAUAUUGCUAAGGAGGAUACCAACAGCAGCAGCAGCAGCAGCAGCAACAACAAGGACAGCAAGGGGAAAAGAAAGAAGCGACGGUCAAUCCGCGGGAAGAGGGCACACAAGAAGACAGUCGUCAUUGACAAUCUGAACACUGAAUUGGUCGAGAAGUACGCUCCUAGAGUUGCAUCUGCUACCAUCGACUUCUUGGUGCAGAACCUACCUUCAAACUUUUUUUUCGACCGCGCUGCUUUGGCGAAUGAUCUGCAUGAUCGUAUUCCUGUUCAUUUACGUUCCAUGUAUAGUCUUUCCAACAUGAAUCCACUAUUAGCAACCUUGCAAUUCGGCGACUUUCCUAUCCCUACCCCUGAGUGCACGCAUGCAUCUGCUAUUUUCCUUGCUCUACCGUUUGCACACCUUCGUGAAGCUACUGAAAAAAUGCGCAAUAGUGGGAUCUUGACAAAGGAUAUCAUUAAGGCAAUCCUCCAAGAACGCGAAGAACGUCGUCUGACUGCUUUGGAGAAACAUGCAGAGUACACCUACAAUAAGGGAGAUGACAUUGACUCUAUGGUGAACGAACUGGGCUAUCACGAGUUUGCAGUUCAUCUCGAGGGGUUUGAGGUCUCUUCUGGAGUUGGAGUUACCCAAUAUGAAUACUCUUUAAAUCGUGAGUGGCAGGGGUUGUGGCCUGAGGGGGAUGGGUUUUAG